AUGGCUGGUGCUACAUGGAAGGGUGAAGUGGUAAGGGUUCAGCAAGACAGCAGUCUACCCAUUACCAGCAGAUGCAACCGCAUUCUGGAGAUCCUGAAGCAGAAUGGCCUAUGCUACAGACAAUGCAUUGAGCCAAAGAUGAUUCUGGUGCAUGUGAAGAACAGAGGUGGGCAACUAGUGUCUGUGGCUGAUGUGCACAGCAAAGGUGCUGUGAUGGCUCAGAUUGGUUUCUCCAUGGCCAAAAUUGGAGAAUCAAUUUGUUUUGAAUUGCCAUCUGCUAUGGCAAACAAAGACCAAGUGAUAGAGACCAACAGGUCUUUGGCCCAGCUGUCCCAGAACCAGCUGUGUGAGCCACUUGGUUGUGAAAGGUUUGCCUCAGUGUCCAGCAGCCACUUGGUGACUUUCCUGAGGGCAGUGCAGGCUGGCUGCAAGACUACAGAGCCUGAGAUCAGCACUGGUGGCUACCUGUCACUGGACUCAAUGUGCCAGAAGAAGGAUGACUUGAAGGAGAUGGUCAUUACUGGAUGGGAAUGGCAGGUGAUUGAUAGCCAGGUUGACCUCAAGAAGGCCCAGGAAGCAGCUAUGGCUUCUAGACCAGCCUGUGCCAAUUACAUUGCUGCCAUCACUGCCUUUGUGAAGCAGUUCGCUGGUGGUGAUGCGUUUCCUUUGCUGAAGCUACUCCAGUCCAUUGGUCUCUCAGCUGAAUUUACUGAAUUGCUGGCCUACACUGACUUCAAGUGCCCAGCUACCACCUACCCUUGGAUUCGGUUGGCAAUGGCAGCCUGCCACAUGUGUGCUCCCAAGCAAUACAUUAGAGAUGGCAUCUCCAGGCUGCUGACCUCUGCAGAUUUUUCCAAGCUGAAGCAGAAAGGAGUGGCUGUGCAAUUGGCAGCUGCUGAGAAGCUUCUGAAUGAAGCUUGGGCUUUGUGUGGUCAAAGUUCACUUACCUUGGACCAGCAAGCUCAGCCCAUGGGCCGAUACUUGACCAGGUUGGCUUUGUUCCUGGUUGGCAAAGGUUCUAAAGGCCCUGAAGGAAAGAAUUACAAGCAGUUUGAAGACAUCACAGAUCUCUUCACUCAAGAGCUGAUGAACAUGAAGGCACAUGGCUCCAUGGACUUGGCAGAGCAGUUGCCAUCCAGCAGUGCCAGUGUAGACAAAGCAGUGCAGCCAACUGCUUUGGAGGCUAAUUCAGACCCUGCCCUCAUUGCAUUGGCGCACUUCAAGAAUUUGGAAGUGGGAAAACACUACACCUUUGCCAAAGAUCCUCUGAAGGUGUACAAAUUCGAAAGCAUUGGUGCCACCACAGCUGUGCUUCUACACAAACCAUUUUUUGGUGCCCUUGAGAAAUUAGAAGUGGAACACAAGGACUUGAAAGGCUUGAGGGCUUGGGAAAAGUCAGUUCCCAGUUUGCAGCCAGCUGCCACCCUGACUGCCUUGCAGCCCAGUGCUUGCUUGAUGGCUGAGUUUGGAAGGGCCAAAGCCCAACAUUGGCUCUACCAGAAGUACCAUGAGCUGGGUGACUUCAAUGUUGUGGUGUCCACUACUUCCCAGCUCUUUGCCAACUCCAAGUUCAACAAAAACGACUUGGUGUUGCUUCCACUUGGCCAAGUGGUUUUACAGAAAAAGGAAAAGAUCAACAAGAGUUCUGUUGUGCUUCAGAUGGCUGGCUGGAAAUUUGAAGAAGUUUUGGUGGUGACACAUACCAAGUGCAACUUUGAGAAGAAGAGUGGCCACUGGUGUCCAUUCUAUUGGUGCAAAGAGGCCAAAGAUGACAAGGACAAAGAUGAUGCUACCUGUGAGAAAGCCACCUUGACCAGAGCGACUGUGAAGCACCAUGAGCUGACCAUUCCUUGCCUGAAGAACAAGGUGGCCCUGCAGAUUGGAUCCCCAUUGCUGGUUGAGUUUCAAGAGGAAAGCAAGAAGAAGAAGAAGAAGAAAUCCAGAGACUGA